GUGGGGGCGGGUAAGGGCGGGGAGGCUGGGGUGUGGAAAGUGUAGCGGCCCCGCCCCGGCUCCUGGAACUGCCGCGGCCGCCACCGCCGCCGCCGGCGCCUCAGCUGUGGGGGACCCGCGCGGGUGCGCAGGCGAAAGGCGCUCUUUGCCAACUGAAAGUUCACACGGAAAAACUACCAUCUCCCCAGCCCACCAUGGCGGACGAAAUUGAUUUCACUACUGGGGAUGCUGGGGCUUCCAGCACUUACCCUAUGCAGUGCUCGGCCUUGCGCAAAAACGGCUUCGUGGUGCUCAAAGGACGACCAUGCAAAAUAGUGGAGAUGUCAACUUCCAAAACUGGAAAGCAUGGUCAUGCCAAGGUUCACCUUGUUGGAAUUGAUAUUUUCACGGGCAAAAAAUAUGAAGAUAUUUGUCCUUCUACUCACAACAUGGAUGUUCCAAAUAUUAAGAGAAAUGAUUACCAACUGAUAUGCAUUCAAGAUGGUUACCUUUCCCUGCUGACAGAAACUGGCGAAGUUCGUGAGGAUCUUAAACUGCCAGAAGGUGAACUAGGCAAAGAAAUAGAAGGAAAAUACAAUGCAGGUGAAGAUGUACAGGUGUCUGUCAUGUGUGCAAUGAGUGAAGAAUAUGCUGUAGCCAUAAAACCCUGCAAAUAAAUGGGAACGUCAAGCAUGAACACUGUUUAGGUCUGAAUCAACUGCAGAUCUAAAGUUGGGUUCUAAGUUGUCACCAAAGCUAUAGCCUUCAUAAGCAACCUCAUUUCUUUUUUAAAUUGUUUUCAGAUUGUGAUGGGUUAGUUUUACAGGCAAUUGAUAAUUUAAAAAAAAUGUUUUUUGAAUUUUGUAGGUAUGUUUCCUAUAAUAUUCCUGUGAUUUUCAGUAUGUCAGUCCAAGAAGCAAACAAGAUAGCUUCAGCAGAUGUGAUUUGUCUGAGCAAAUCAUUCCUGUGUUUUAGUUAAAUGAUAAACCAGGGUUUUAAAUCAAACAAUGUAGCAUAAAGUGGUAUUGAAAUACCACCUGUAAGUUGAACUGCUCUGCAUUAAUUACAGAUUUAAUAUAAAAUGAACUCAUUGUAUAUUGGAAUUGUUACAGUUUCAGCCUGUGUAGGGCAAACACAAAUCCUUAAACAAAUCAAAAAAUGUCAGUUAUUUUGGUGGCCACAUGCAACCACGUGAUUACUUUGGUCAUACUAUUUACCGUAUUAUUGGCAGACUUGAUGUAACCGUAUAUGGUGGUUUUAGUCCCUUCUUAUGAUUGGCAGAAGGACACUGAACUGUUGGGUGAAAGUUAGCAACUCAUUAGAGGAAGACACAAAAGUGGCAAAGAGGGUUGAUUAAAGCUAUACAUUUUUAUGUGAGGACUUUGUAAGUUAGUAUAAAAAUGAAAAGUUGCUUUUCAAUUGUGUUUGCUUUUAACUUUGUCCCCAACAUUUAAAGGAGUGAUCUGCUUUACAGGAUACUACGCAAUGCAUUUUUUUUUCCAACCAUGUGGAAUAAAUAUUACUAUUUAUCAGUAAAUACUACCAACUUUUUUUUUUUUUNAGACCAAGUCUCACUCUAUCAGCCAGGCUGGAGUACAAUCUCAGCUUACAGCAGCCUCUGCAUCGCAGGUUCAAGCGAUUCUCCUGCCUCAGCCUCCCAAGUAGCUGGAACUACAUGUGCACACCACCAUGCCCAGCUAAUUUUUUUUUUUUUUAUAUUUUUAGUAGAGAUGGGGUUUCACCUUGUUGUCUAGGCUGGUCUUGAACUCCUGACCUCAGGUGAUCCACCUGCCUUGGCCUCCGAAAGUGCCAGCACUUUACAGGCAUGAGCCACCACACCGGGCCCCUUUCCAAGCAUUUUUAAGUAUAGAUUUUUUGACAUUAAGGUAUUUAUUAAACAAAAACUGAGAAUUAUUUAAACUGAUUUGGAAUUUUGGAAGUUUUGUUAAUUUUAUGUACUUUUUUUCUAAAGUGAAUUGAAAGUGAAUCACGGAAGCAAUAUUAUUGUAUAUGAAUAUUAUUAUUUAACUUAUUUUAAGUAUAUGUAUUUUUUUUUCUGAUUGUUGCAUGACUUAAUUCAGUUGCUGGUGUGAAAUAUAACUAACAAUUCUAUAAACUGAACUAUUUUAAAAGGUAUUUUAGGUGACACCACUGCAUUUCUAUUUAAUCUUUUGAGUCCUAUGUAUUACUUCCAGAAUUUUAGACAUUGUUACAGGGUUUGACUUAAUAACAAUCAUCAUAUUGGAGCAAAACAGAACAAAAUCACUAUCUCAGAAAUACCUUAAUUAUCUAAGACUGGCUCUUAGACCUCUCCCAUCAUGCCUUGACCUCUAAAACGCCCUUUGUUCCUAUCUUCUAAAGGAAAAUAUAUCAUAUAGGAUCAUGUAACUGACCUAAUCAGUGACUGGAAAUAGCAUUAGUAGCAGAAGAUCCCAAUUUUUAGUUGCUGAAUUUGUACACACUUUUAAAUCUUGUCUUAGACUCAGCAAACCCAUUUGGAGAAGAAGCAAGAUACUUCAAGAGAAAUGCAAAAAGGACAUUUCUAAAGCACAAGAGAGUGAGGUUGUAGUUGAUCGUUUUUAGUAUAUCAUUUUAGCUUUCGCCCAUCUAAAGCACAAUUAAAAAUUAGGCUACAUUCUUUCCAGUAUUCUAUUUAAGUACCUACUACACAUUGCUGUAGUUUAUUAGUACUCUGUAAUGUGUAUCUUACUUGCUACUGGUUAGCACUGUUACUCAUAGGAAUUCCUAAAAAGUAUUAACCUGUGCUGCUUGCAGGUCAUUCUUGUAGCCCCUCUUAACCAUGCUGGUGUUAUGAUUUAGUAUUAACUCUCGAUUAGCAUGCCCCUGUUCUUCCUAACUUGUCAAACUUCACAUAAAUAUAUUUUCAAUUGUGAUGUAAGGAUGUACAAAUAAUUAUAAUAAUGCAUCUCUAUCUUCAUACUUUGAAUGGGGAAAACUAUUUAUGCAUAAAUAUUUUCAUUUUAAGUAAUAUAUGCAGUGUAAAUACUCUCGAUAUAUAAGUAUAGAUUUUAAAGAUAUGGGACUUUAUUUUCACAUAAGUCAAUAGAUGUUUCUGUAGAACAAAAUAUUUCAUUUAGUAAAGCUUUAUAAAUUAUAUUAAAAGGAAGCAGGGAACAUGUAUUUUUUAACAUAGAACAGAAGUCACUUCAUUCUUUUAGACAUCAGAAAUGUUAAAGUUGAUUCCUAGUAUUUGUUGUACUUUUUGUAGCAAAUGUUAAAUAUCAUGAGUUAACAUGUAUAGAAUGUGGACUGUCAUGUUGAUAGAUUGUACAGUGAUAAGCCAUUUUUAUCUGUAUACAUUCACCAAUGUAUAUUAACAGGUUGAAUAUUUCUUCUUUUUAGAACAUUUUACUUAUACUGUGAAGAUUUUGUUAUACCUUAUUUGCUACAACAUAGAUCAUAUCAUUGCUACUUUGACUUAGCAUUUGUAUCAUAAACAUAAUUAUGAUUCUUUCAUGCUCCCUUCCAAGGGCUGUCAGUCAAUUGAAGAAAUUGUUGCUAACCAAGUUCUUGACUCUCUUUCCCUUAAUGAUACAAAUCUCUGUACCAGUGCUUUCUGUUAAUUACCAAAACUCUCCCGCAGUUAGAGCAUAAUACGAGACACUGCAAUAAAAUGAUUAGGCUGUAAAAUCAGAGACACAACUUAUUAUUACAACACAAUUUGUGUGUGCACAUGUGCACACAUAGCUUUGUAUGUUAGUUCUUUUUUCCACAGUCCCAGCUUUUAAAAGUACUGUAGUCUGGUAGUGCCUCAACUGUUGGUAACUUUUUUUUUAAUUUACAACUUUUGCAGAACUUGUUUUUGUACUUUAAAGUUUCUCAAUUCAAUUAUUUCUAGUUGAGCUGUAAUUUGAAUGCAUUGUUCUCAGGACUGUUUGUGCUAAGAGUUGAAAUUACAUUAUUUUAAAGCUAAUUGCCUGAAAAUACAUUGCAAAAUUUUCCCAAAUUGUAAUACCAUGAUACAUGCAUAUAAAAAAAAAAUCCUUAAUGUCAGCACACUUAAACUACGUGCUAGUCAAANAAAAAAAAAAAAAAAAAAAAGGAAACGGUAGCAUCCAGACCGGAAUCUUGCCAUAUAUUUUUCAUUUUAGAAUAGAAUUUGGCAGUCCCAUCUUAGAAUCCUAUACUUUGGAUAUAUCUGAAAGCAUUCCUUAGGCAUGGACCCCAAAGAGAGUUUUGGAGCCAGCCAUUAAUGUAGAAGUUCACCAAACAUAUUUAGGGAUAAUAGAUAAAUUAAUAAUGCUCUUUUGGGUACAUUGAAAUGUUUACAUAUUGAAUUCUAUAAUACGAACUAGGAACACAUUUACUAUGGGAAAAUAUGGCUCUUAAGCAGUGUAAGAGUGAAAAUAUAAGCAUAUUUCCAUGAACAGUAUAUCAUACUGAUCAGCAGUUCUCAUUUUAAUGUCAUUUUGCCGUAAUACUUCAUAGUUUUCAAGGCUUUUUUCUGCUAGCGUUCAGACAAGGCAACAAAGAUUUAAGAAAAAUGUAUGGUAGAAAACCUUAAAAAUUAACACAAUGCAAUCUAUUAAUUUUUUUUUUUUCUCUGAAUUAGGUAUAUGGCAUCAGUACUUGCUUUUAGCAGGGAACAUAUGGAUUUAGCUUAUGAAACACAGAUGUUCUCUGGAAACAUGGCUUGAAGCCAAUAUGUAAUUUAAUGUUUUUCCAUUAAACAAACAUCUGAACACCAACUUAGCUACCAAGUGAGGUCAAGUGCCUGAAAAAUGCUGUAUACAUCUAAUAAGUAUGUUUUCUUUCUGUAAAAGAUGAAUCUUAUAGUAAUGCAUACCAGGCUUUCACCUGCUAGAAACAUACUUGUUGGCAAACUUUGCCAUCUACCACCAUUCCCUUCCUUAGAACAGGUAGAAACCUAUUUUACAAAUAAAAGAGACAGGUUAUUCUAUUUAUAUGAAGUCCCUAAAACUAUUUCUUGGUAUUGGCAGACUUAAGUUUAUCUUAGUUCAAGAUUGCACUUUUUAAAGAACUCUGGACUAUUUUAAGCAAUGACUGAACAGCUGGUCACAAUUCACAGUUUUGAUCUUUUCUGAGGAGUUAUUUAUUGUGGUUAAUAUCUACUAUAAAUAAGCACUCUUGUGCUUAUUACGAAGCAUAAUGCAAAUUACUAGUUCUAUACUAGUUUAAUGAAAAUGACUAGUUCUAUACUAUUAUGUACUUUUAUCCUCCUCCCCAAAAAGAAAACAGUUGGAAUGGCAUUGUCUAAACCCAGUGGCACUUUUUUAGUAAUACAUUUUUUUUCUUACAUAUAGCAGAACUAUUGCUUUUACCUGCAGAGACUCAAAUGUUUUCACUAAAACUUUAAAAUUGUAAGAUAUGUACUAUUACUGAUUGUGCAUUUUACAUUUCAAAAAUAGUUAAAAUUCAAAUGCGAAGUCUUUGACUUAAAAACCCUUUAAAAUGCAGAUAAUACCUUAACAAUUACAACUUUUUGUUAUAUUAUUAAAAUAUAUUUGUCUGUUAACUUCAUCAGUUGUAUUCAAUAAAAGUUAACUUAACAGCUU